CGACACCGGUCCCUCUACUUCCAGUCUCCCUUUUGUAUCCUCUCUUUCUCAACUCUCGCGGCGAUUGCUGCCGGCUCUUUUGCACAUAAAACAACAGGAAACAAAUUCCAGGGGAGAGAAAGUAAAGAUGGAGGAAGAGCUGGCGAAGUAGAGAUAAGAGAGAGAGAGAGAGAGAGAGAGAGAGAGAGAGAGAGAGUUGGCUGCUCCUUCUUCUUCAACUUCAAAAUUCCGAUUGGUCGCAACUUGAUAUUUCCCACUGUUCGGUAGCCGGAGUUUCAGUUCGAGUUGAGUGAGUGAAGUUUUGGACUCGUUUCGCCGGAGGCAGUCGAUUCUUCUUCUUCUUUGUUGUGGCAUUUUGCUCGCUCGGCGCGGCGGCGGUGUUCGUUUCAGGUGCGGCUUGAAGGUGGAUCUGUGAAUCGGCUCUGAAAUUGCUGGGAUUGACUGUCCAAUUGCUUCGUUUUCCACGUUUCCACCUGGUAACAAUUUUUGAAUUGCCUGUUUGACUACUAGUUAUUAGUUAGUGGUUAGUGUUUCUUUCGGUUCAUUUUUUUAAUCGCUGAAUUUGGACUUUUCUCGCUGGUAUCUACCUCCAUGGGAACUUAGUUAUGGUAUCGUAAUCAUGGUCCCUUUAGGGUUUUGCAUUGGCUUUUUUAACCUUUUCUUCCUCCUAUUGCAGUAUUAAAUGCUUAUCAUUGCGUGUCUAUUUCGCCAUUUCUGCUUCUGAUUCCUAGGACGAUCGACUCCAUCACUGUGGCAAUUGUUAUUUUUCCGGCUUCCAGCCCGUCCGAGUCAGGACAGUCGCACUCGGCAAAAAGGUUGCUUGCUCAAGUUGUUUUUUUAACUGAUUAGUGCUGUGUAGCCCAUUGGCACAAUGGGGGUCUCGGGAAAAUGGCUUAAAGCAUUGGUUGGAAUGAAGAAGCCAGAUAAGCCUCAGUCCUCAGAGAAAGUGGAAAAUAGAACAUCUGCCAGCAAGUCUCGCCAUCGGAGAAAGAAUUCGGUGGAGAUUGGUGACGGUAUACUUCAGCAGGAGCUCAAUCACAAUGUUGCAGCAGUAACUGGUGAGUCUGUACCAGAGGCUUCAGGAUCUCCCGCUACCUCAAGUCAGCUACAUGAUGUCAAUCAUAAUCAACAGAGAUUACAUGAAGAAUGGGCUGCCACCCGCAUUCAAACAGCAUUUCGGGGGUUUCUGGCUAGAAGAGCGCUGCGUGCUUUGAAAGGGCUUGUGAGGCUUCAAGCACUUGUGAGAGGCCAUGCUGUAAGAAAGCAAGCUGCCAUAACUCUUCGCUGUAUGCAAGCUUUGGUAAGGGUUCAGGCUCGCGUAAGGGCACGACGUGUUCGUUUGGCAAUGGAGAAUCAAACAGCGCAGCAAAAACUUCAGCAACAAAUUGUCGAUGAGGCUCGAGUUCGCGAAAUAGAGGAGGGGUGGUGUGACAGUAUAGGUUCUGUUGAACAAAUUCAAGCAAAGUUACAGAAGAGACAAGAGGCUGCCGCUAAGCGCGAGAGAGCUAUCGCAUAUGCAAUUUCUCAUCAGUGGCAGGCAGGGUCUAGGCAGCAGGUUAUUCCCUCGGGGUUUGUUCCGGACAAGAGCAGUUGGGGUUGGAACUGGUUGGAGAGAUGGAUGGCCGUCCGUCCAUGGGAGAACCGGUUUCUCGACAUCAAGGAAGGAGUGACGAUCCACGAGAAUGAACCGGACGACAAAAAUGGCUCCAAACCUCAGGCAAAGUCUACGGGCAAGAAACCAGCUGCCCAGGCAAACGUCCCUAGUCAGAAAACAGGUCCUUCUCCUUCCAAUGGCAGCAGCUCUUCACCUACAAGCAAACCAGCAGGCAUACAGGAGGCGCCAUCAAACACGGAUUUCACGAAGCCAAAGCCUAAGCAAGUUGCUGGACUGAUAACUGAAGAAGCCAGCUCUCGACCGGGGAUUGCCCCGAGAUCUCACAGCAACCCGAAAGAGAGAACCUCUCAACCUGGCAAACCCGUGAAGAAGAGGCUAUCUCUUCCCAACAAAGGCGGAGAUUCAGGGACUGAUGCAGCCAGGCAAGGCAGACUGGCGAAAGGCUCGUCGCCUGCAACGUCUAAGAAGCCCGUGAAGAAGAUGAGCGGGAAAGCAGACUCGUCGAAUAACGCCAAUGCAGCCGUUGCAGUUGCACCAUCAGCUGUUGAAGUUUAGAAAGCUACAGAAGAGCGUCUCGAAGUAUCUGUACAUAAUAUAGAUGUAUGUAUAUGUAUUUAUAUAUUAGGCUAUCUUUGGAGAAGAUGCCGUCGUACUAUUACCACUCAGGUGAGUUUCAGGUUUACUGG